AUGUAAAUCAAUAAAAUAAAAGAGAUGUUUAAAAAUGCAGUCUAGCAAAUGUACAAUGUUUAUGAGAGCAAAUAUAUUGAUGCGAUUGAUGAAUACAAAGCUCGAUAAUAGGAACUUAAAAUUGAUUAUACACAAAGGUUAGAUGCAGCCAUGGAAGUAAUCUAAUUAGAGUCAUAAAAAUAGGAUCAUGUCAAAGAAUAAAUCAACAAUAACUAUAAAGAGGCAGUGAAACAAAUUGAAACCAGCUUUAAAUAACUCAAAGAUUAUUAUGCAGAAUGCGUAUAUAAAUCAUUAGAAUAAUUUAAAUGUGAAUAAAUUGAUGUAAGAAUUGUAACAACUGUUUAGAUUCUAAUAUAAAUUGUGUUACCAAGACAGAAUGCAUAAUUUCCUUGGCCAUUUAAGGUUAACAAUAGAAUUAGUUCAAUCGCGGAAGUCAUUUUCCAGUACUUUGAUAAAAAAAAUGAUCCCAUCUAGAACUUCGACCCAUCGAAAUUAAAAAUUAUAUUCUGCAAACCUUAAGAUCUCUACAAGAUUAGCCAGUCAGUAUUAAAUAAGGAUCUUGAUGUUAUAUCUCAAUAAUAUCAAAUUUAUCCUAUGAAUAGUGAGAUAUUUUUGGCAUCUUUGGGUCAGGUUAAGCAAGGCUCAAUUAUUGUUGUUAUUAGUGACAUCAGUUUAAAGAGCUAAUAACCUCAGGAAUGCAUUACAUUUAAAUUUAAUAAAGAUAAAUUAGUGGAUUACUAUAGUUGUCAAUAAUGUAAGAUACAUUGGGUGUGCUAAGUUUGCAAGGACUUUUGUCAUUAAGGACAUCAAUUGUCAAUUUAUCGGUAGCAGGUCAAACCAGAUUGGGCUUGUUGUUAUUGUGUAUCAAAGGGAUUCUGUAAGGCAUUAAAUAAAAAUAAUUAAUGA